AUGGACAACUCAGAAUUACUUCUAUUAUUGGAGUCACCAGAUUCACCAGUGACAAAGGAUGAAGAAGGUUUAAGAAUAAUUAGGCUUGCUGAAGUCAGAAAUGAGGUUGGAAGAAGGAUUAAUUUUGCAUCAGAAAUGAGGUUGGAAGAAGGAUUAAUUUUGCAGAAGUUGGCUGAAGCCUGGCAGAAGGGCAUCAGACGUUACGUGUCUUGUAGGAAGCGAAAAUCCACACAGGUUGCCUCAUUCUAUAUUCGAAGAGCGAAAGUGAGUUUCACCCUGGGGACUGAAAGUUGUCGAGUUAAUAAGUGUAAUUGCGCCGAUUGGAUUCGGAUGAUGUUCCGGAUGAAGAUCGACUCGUCGCCGGAGUCUAACACUCUGUCUCACCACGAGCUUAUUCUUCAGAGGCUAGCAAGGCUGGGGGUUGCAGAACAGAAUUUGAGUCAAGGACCUCGGGGUUUGGUUGCUUAUGUCAAAAAUGAUAAGUCUCAAAUAGCGGAGUUGGUCUCUGCUAUCUUGCCUAGUGAUGAGGAGACAACUGAGGCUGUUUCAGAAACUCGUGUGGAGAGUACAAAAGAAGCUGCUGAAGAUAUCUUUUCUGAAAGUAUGAUUUGGUUGCGAUGGUUGAUGUUUGAUGGUGACCCAAGCCUUGUACUGGAGCAUCUAGCUAAAAUGAAUGCUAACCAGCGUGGUGUUUGUGGGGCUGUAUGGGGAAAUGAUGAUCUUGCAUUCCGGUGCCGGACAUGCGAACAUGAUUCUACGUGUGCGAUUUGCGUUCCUUGUUUCGAGAAUGGAAAUCACGAAGAUCAUGAUUACUCUAUUAUAUACACAGGUGGAGGGUGCUGUGAUUGUGGAGAUAUUACUGCAUGGAAACGCGAAGGAUUUUGUUCAAAACACAAAGGAGCGGAAAAGAUGCAACCCCUUCCAGAGGAUUUUGCAAAGUCUUUGAGGCCUGUUUUGGAUUCCUUACUUAUUUAUUGGAGAGAGAAAUUACUUAACGCAGAAAUUGCAUUUCAGGGAAGUCCUAGUCAUGUUGCUGAGCUCCCAAAGGCUGCAAAUGAUUUGACCUCUGUGGUGGUGGAGAUGCUGUUGGAAUUCUGUAAAAGCAGUGAAAGUUUGCUCAGUUUUAUUUCUGUGAGAGUAUACUCAUGCCCUGGUUUAUUGGAUGUUUUGUUAAGGGCAGAGAGGUUCUUGAGUGAUGGAGUAGUUGGGAAGCUCCAUGAAUUACUUCUGAAAUUGAUUGGUGAACCUAUAUUUAAAUAUGAGUUUGCGAAAGUUUUUUUAAGCUAUUACCCAACUGUUGUAAAUGAAGCCAUAAAAGAGAACAGUGACGCUGUCUUCAAGAGAUAUCAACUACUGUCAACAUUCUCUGUCCAAAUUUUGACAGUGCCUACACUAACUCCACAUCUUGUAGAGGAAAAGAAUCUGCUGGCCAUGUUGUUUGAAUGUUUGGAGAGGAUAUUUGUUUCUUGUGCCGGAGACGAUGGGAGGCUGCAGGUUGCUAAAUGGUCAAACUUGUAUGAAACUACUGUUCGUGUGGUUGAUCAUAUAAGAUUUGUCAUGAGUCACUCUGUUGUAUCCAAAUACCUAUGCCAUGGUGGGAGAGAUUUAGUUAGAACAUGGAUAAGAUUAUUGGCUUCUGUGCAAGGAAUAAACCCUCAAAAGCGAGAAGUUGGUAGUCACAUAGAAGAAGAAAAUGAAAAUGUUCAUCUGCCUUUUAUUUUAUGUCAGUCCAUAUCCAACAUUCUUUGUCUCUUAGUCGCUGGAGCAUUUUCUGUGAAUACUAGUGAGGAGACUAAUGAAGAUGCUUUCUUCAGCGCUUAUAAACCAGAGUUUGAAGACCAAGAUAGCCUAAGACAUGCAAAAGUGGGAAGGCUAUCGCAGGAAAGCUCCGUAGGUAGUGUUAUAGGGAAGAACGCAUCUGAUCAUUUAUCCAAGGCCACCGACUAUAUUCCUAUUCCAUCAUCUGCUUUAUGGUUGACAUUUGAAUGCUUGAGGGCUAUCGAAAAUUGGUUGGUAAUCGAUAACACGGUUGGCUGUCUCAGAGUCUUGUCUCCAAAAUCAAAUAAUGGCUCUGGAUUGGAGUGUGGCCGAUCUAAUGGACAAGAAGCUGACCCUGGAGGUUGUGACGACAGUAUGUUGGAUGGAGAAAGUUCCGCUGAGUUUGAAGGCCUUCGAUUUCUGAAUUUCUCAGAUUGGCCUGAUGUCAUGUAUGAUGUUAGUUCACAGGGUAUCUCAGUUCAUAUUCCCUUGCACCAGUUACUUUCAAUGAUUCUGCGGAGAGCACUCAAACAAUGUUAUGGUGAAUCAGCAUCGUUGGAUAUGACGUGUGCCAGGGCUUCAGAUAGGUCAUCUGUGAUAUAUAAUGACUUUCUUGGACACAUUUUAGGAGGUUGCCACCCUCAUGGAUUUUCUGUCUUUGUGAUGGAGCAUCCCCUUCGAAUAAGGGUGUUCUGUGCUGAGGUUCAUGCUGGAAUGUGGCGUAGGCAUGGGGAUGUUCCCAUAUUAACUAGCGGGUGGUAUCGUUCAGUUCGCUGGUCUGAACAGGGUCAAGAGCUUGAUCUUUUCUUGCUGCAGUGUUGUGCUGCAUUAGCUCCAGCCGAUCUUUAUGUCAAGAGAAUUUUAGAACGUUUUGGGCUAUCGAACUAUCUGUCCUUGAAUCUUAACCCGUCUAGUGAGCAUGAAUCAACUCUAGUUGCAGAAAUGCUGACUCUUCUAAUACAAAUAGUGAGUGAAAGGAGGUUUUGUGGGCUAACUACUGUUGAAUGUUUGCAAAGAGAGUUGGUGUACAAGCUCUCUAUUGGAGAUGCCACUCGUAGUCAGCUGGUGAAAUCUCUUCCUCGAGAUCUUUCCAAAAUUGGUGAACUUCAGGAGAUAUUGGAAACAAUUGCAGAAUAUUCCAAUCCAUCUGGCAUGACUCAGGGCAUGUAUAAAUUGAGAUCUGCAUAUUGGAAAGAACUCGAUUUAUAUCAUCCUCGCUGGAACUCAAGAGACCUACAGGCUGCAGAAGAAAGAUACUUUCGGUUUUGUAAUGUUUCUGCAUUGACAACUCAGCUUCCUAAAUGGACAAAGAUUUAUUACCCUCUCAGGGGAAUUUCUCAAAUAGCUACUUGUAAAACACUCCUUCAAAUUGUCCGUGCCAUUCUUUUCUAUGCUGUUUUCACUGAUGAACUCACACCGUCUCGGGCUCCCGACCGUGUUCUUUUAAAUGCACUGCAUUUACUGGCACUAGCCCUGGAUGUCUGUCAAGUACAGAAGGAAUAUGGUGACCUGUUAUGCAAUGCAAAUGAUGUGAUUCCAUUUUUGGCAUUUGCCAAUGAAGAAAUAUGCAUGAAUAAGUAUGGUGAUCAGAGCAUGUUGUCACUUCUUGUCUUGUUGAUGAGGAUGCAUGAGAAAGAAAAUGCCGAGAACUUCAUGGAGCCUGGCAAUUUCUGUCUCUCAGCUUUAAUACUGAAUCUACUCAAGAAGUUUGUGGAGCUUGAACCUGAAUGCAUGACCUCGUUGCAUAAACUCGAACCUGAAUUAGCAUAUCAACUUUCAGUAUCCAUUCAUCAUGGUAAUACUAAUGACAUGGCAUCGUCUUCUGAUAGUGAAAAGCGCAAAGCAAAGGCUCGAGAAAGACAAGCUGCCAUAUUGGAGAAAAUGAGAGCCCAGCAGUCCAAGUUUUUGGCAAGCAUUAAUUCCAGUUCAGAUGAUGAAAUGGAUGGUUCUAGAUCUGGGCAACUAUCACGUGAUUCUGAUGUCGGCAAUCCCCAAGAAUCAGCUCAAGUUGUUUGCUCUCUUUGUCAUGACCCCAAUUCUAGAUGUCCCAUAUCAUUCUUAGUUCUUCUCCAGAAAUCCAGGGUUCUGAGUUUUGUGGACAAAUGCCCGCCGUCGUGGGAGCAUGUUAGCCAUACUGGGAAGGAGCAUGUUUCUAAUAGCACAGCGACAAUUGAUUUAUUCCAAAGUAGCGGUAUAUCUGGUGACUCCGAAAUGGUCUCAUCUUCUCAGUUGAAGGAUAUGGUUCAGAAUACUUUGAAUGAUUUUGCUUUAAUAGGACAAACUAGGGAAAUGAAUGCUUUUCUGGAAUUUAUUCGGGCAUUAUUCCCUUCAAUAGAAAGUGUUCAUCUCCCUUGCAUAUCGACAGAUAUGAAGAAGACAGCAUAUUCCCUUGAGGCAUUAGAAGAACAUAUGUAUUUGAUGAUUACAGGAUUUCGUGCUAGUUUGUGUGACAAGGAUUCUCAAAGGCCUGUUGAAAAAUUUUCGACAGCUGGAGUCAACCUGGAGAGAAGCUGCAAUGCUGAAUCUCUUUUGCUUGGUAAAUACAUAGCUGCGCUGUCUAGAGAGGCAUUGGACAAUUCCUCGGCUUCAGAGCACAGCCGUUCUUUGAGGGACAGGGCACAAUCAGAAUCCAAUAUGCAGCAUCCAGAAUGCAAUGGAUUUGGUCCAUCCGGCAAUGGUGGAAUUUAUGUCUCUUCCUGUGGGCAUGCUGUGCAUCAAGGAUUUGAAGUUCUAACCCGAAUAUCUUCUCUUUUAUAUACAUAUAGAAUAGAAAUUGCACUAUUAAGAUAUAUCAGAAGAAUUGCCUUUGAAGGAGGGCACAUUGUGGAUCCUGAACAGGGCGAGUUUCUCUGUCCUGUAUGUCGGGGACUUGCAAACUCCGUACUGCCGGCAUCACCUGGAGAUUUUAGAAAGGUUCAUCCACCAUCUAUUCAAACUGUUAAUUCUAUGAACGCUGCUAGCUCUUCAUCCUUGUCGGAUAGUAAAGUUAGUUCCCUUUCUCUCGAAGACGGUUUGUCUCUCUUAAAAAGCGCUGCUGAUGUUGCUAUAAGUAAUGAGCUUCUGAAAGCUUUUCCAUUUGAACAAAAUGUGACGACGCCACCAAAUCUUGAACCUGUGUUCAGUGUACUGAGUGGAAUGUGCUUUCCUGGUGUGGAUAAGGGAUCUGGAAGGGUAAACCACUCAGUGAUUCUAUGGGACACACUCAAGUAUUCCCUCAUUUCAGCCGAAAUUGCUGCACGAUCCCGAAAGAAUUCAUUGACUCCAAAUUAUAGACUUGGUUCUUUAUACAAGGAACUCAACUCUUCCUGUGGUUUUAUAUUGUCACUGUUGCUAAAUGUCAUUCAAAGUAUCCGAGCACAAAAUUCUCAAAACGUUCUUUUGAGGUUAAGAGGCAUUCAGCUUUUUGCCAAAUCUGUUUGCUCUGGCACUUCUCCAAAUGAAAUUUCCAACCACACUUGCCCACAAGAAGGUCAUUUGCUUUGUAUAUUGGAGAAUGCUGACGCAGAAGUACGGUAUCCGGAUGUUCAGUUAUGGAGACGCGCUUCUGAUCCUGUCCUUGCACAUGAUGCCUUUUCGACAUUAAUGUGGAUACUCUUCUGUCUUCCAUGUCCAUUUUUGUCGUGCAAAGAUUCCUAUUUGUCUCUUGUGCAUGUUUGUUAUGUUGUUACCGUAACUCAGGCAAUAAUAAUAUAUUGCAACAAACGACUAUGCACUAUUAGUGAGUUGGGAUUUCAUGAUUGUUUGAUCACUGACAUCUUCAAAUUUAUGGACGAACAUGGAGAAGCUCUACAAAGUUUAGAUUCAAACUAUAUCAAUCCUACUUAUGAUAUGAAAGAUGCAAUUCGCAGUCUGAGCUUUCCUUAUUUGCGGAGAUGUGCAUUAUUGUGGAAACUAAUAAAUCAUUCCUCUAAAGCACCCUUCACUGAUGGGGCUUGCACGUUUGAUGAAUCUCCAUACACAGAUGAUGAUUCAGAGUGUGUCACAAACAUUGUAGAAGAGCUUUCCGAGGUUGAAAAGCUGGAGAAGAUGUUUAAUAUUCCCCCACUUGGCAUUGUUAUUAAUGAUAAAAAGGAUCUCUUGCAAAGGUAUAUUAAAAAGCGUUGCCCGGACUGUGGAUAUGUUCAGGAGGAGCCUGCAUUGUGCUUGCUAUGUGGCAAAUUGUGCUCACCAAUCUGGAAGAGUUGCUGCAGGGAAAGCAGUUGUCAAGCUCAUGCAAAGGCCUGCGGGGCUGGCAUUGGAGUGUUUCUAUUGAUUAGAAGAACCACAAUCUUGCUACAGAGAUCUGCACGUCAGGCUCCUUGGCCAUCCCCCUACUUGGAUGCCUUUGGUGAAGAGGAUGUUGAAAUGCGUAGGGGAAAACCGCUGUAUCUGAACGAAGAACGUUACGCAGCGUUGACUCAUAUGGUGGCCUCUCAUGGGCUUGAUCGAAGUUCAAAGAUAUGUAAUAGAAAAGAUUUGAACGAGUUUCUGCUUGUAUUUCCAUUGAGGUGA